ACUUUAUUGAUCAUUCACGCGUGUUGAGUGAAGUCAAGCAGCCGAAUAGAUUGAACCUCUAUCUAUCUAAAUCUGCUAAGAAGUUAGUCUUCUACACCAUAAACUGUUUUCUGCCUUAUUGCACUUACUUCUCUUUACUCUUUUUUUCAAGCUUGUUCAACCAAGAACAGAGACUAUGGCUGGGGCCUUGGUGGGUGGAGCUGUUCUCUCAGCAUUUCUUCAGGUGGCGUUUGACCGAGCGGCUUCUCGCGAGGUCCUAGACUAUCUCAACGGAAGGAAACUGAUUGAUCGUUUGGUGCAAAAGCUGAAGUUAGAGCUGAUGUCUGCUGGUGCUGUGCUCAAUGAUGCGGAGGAGAAGCAAAUUACAGACCCUGCUGUGAAAAAGUGGCUGGAUGAGCUCAAAGAUGCUGUUUAUGUUGCGGAUGACCUCCUCGAUGAGAUUGCCUACGAAGCUAUGCGAUGCAAGUUAGAAGCUGAAUCCACUAGUACUAGUAAGGUAAUGGGUUUUCUCUCUACUACUUUUGUUAAUUCAUUUGACAAAAGGAUACAGUCCGAACUAGAAAACAUUCUAGAACAAUUAGAAUCUAUUACAAAACAAAAGGAUGUUCUCCGUUUAGAAAAGGUUGCUGCUGCUGCUGAAGUACCAUCACGACCAUUGACAACUUCUUGCCCUGAAGAAUAUGGUGUGUUUGGUAGAGACAAGGAUAUGGAGGCGAUAUUUGAUAUGUUCCAAUCACAUGAUGCGAGUGUUAAUGGUAUAUGUGUUGUUCCCAUAGUAGGUAUGGGUGGGGUUGGUAAAACAACUCUUGCUCGACUUAUAUACAAUGACAAAAGAGUCGAGGAGAGUUUUGACAUCAAAGCUUGGGUUUGUGUAUCAGAAAAUUAUGAUUAUUUUAGGAUAGCAAAAACUAUUUUUGAAGAGGUCACUUCAUCUGCUUGUGACAUUCAAACCAUGAAUUUGCUGCAAAAUAAAAUCAGAGAGAAAUUCAAGGAGAAGAAAGUUUUCCUAGUUUUAGACGAUGUUUGGAAUGAGAGCUAUGAUGAUUGGGUUGAGUUACUUAAAGUUAUCAAAUGUGGGGCACAGGAGAUUAAGAUUAUUGUUACGACACGCAGUACAGUAGUUGCAUCAAAAGUAGGCACACUAUCUUAUAUUCUAAAUGAAUUGACAAUCGAAGAAUGUUGGUCGAUAUUUGAAAAACAUGCAUUUAAAAAUGGAAGCUCCAGUGAAUUUCCUGUCCUUGAGGAAAUUGGUAGAAAAAUUGUCCAAAAGUGUAGAGGUUUGCCUUUAGCUGCAAAAGCACUUGGGGGUUUGCUACGGUUUGAAGAAAAUCCAAGAGAGUGGACAAAGAUUUUGAAGAGUGAUAUAUGGAAUUUACCAAAAGGAAACAUUAAUAUCCUUCCAGCUCUAAGAUUGAGUUACCACUAUCUCCCACCACAUUUGAAACGUUGUUUUGCUUAUUGCUCAAUCCUUCCAAAGGAUUAUGAAUUUAAAAAGGAAGAAUUGGUCCUAUUGUGGAUGGCAGAAGAUUUAUUACAGCAAUAUGAAGGAAAUGGAAUGAUGGAAGAAAUAGGUGAACAAUACUUUGAUGAUUUGGUAUCUAGAUCAUUUUUUCAACAAUCAGGUAGCAACCGAUCAUGUUUCGUAAUGCAUGACCUAGUCAAUGACUUGGCAAUAUUUAUAAGCGGAGAGUUUUGUUUCAAGCUGGAGGACAAUGAGUCUUGUGUAAUCACAAGAAAGACUCGCCAUUUGUCAUAUGUUAGAACUAAAUAUGAUGCCUCCAAGAAAUUUAAGGUGUCUUACAAGGCCAAGGAUUUGCGAACCUUUCUUGGAUUAGAUUUGUCAUCAUAUCAAUGGCAUUCAAAUAGGAUAUCAACGAUGAUGCUUAAUGAUUUUUUGUUGAAAUUUAAGUGCUUACGAGUGCUAUCAUUUUCUACCUAUGAAAACAUGAGGGAGUUGCCUAAUUCUGUUGGCAAUUUGAAACAUCUACGCUAUUUAAAUCUCAGUUAUACUUCAAUUAAAUGGUUACCAGAUUCUCUAUGUACUUUGUAUAAUUUGCAAACCUUGUUAUUGUCGAGAUGUUACUCCCUUAUCAAGUUGCCUACUGAGAUGUGGAGAUUAGUCAACUUGCGCCACUUGGAUUUAGUUUAUACAAAAUUGAAAGAGAUGCCAUUGCAUAUGGGAAAAUUGAAAAAUCUUGUGAAAUUAACUACUUUUGUUGUGGGCAAACAUUCUGGGUCUAGUAUUAAGGAGUUAGGGGAGCUCCAUCAUCUUUCUGGAGCAUUGUCCAUUUUAAACUUGCAAAAUGUUCAUCAUGCUAGAGAUACAAGGGAGGUUAAUUUGAAGGAUAAGCAGUACUUAUCUGAGUUGGUGUUUCAAUGUGGCUUUGACAAUGAAAAUUCAGAAAAGGAAAGACAUGUUCUUGAGCAAUUGUGUCCUCAUUUGAAAUUGGAGUCUCUCACCAUUAAAGAUUACGGGGGUACAAAAUUUCCAAAUUGGUUAGAAGAUUGUUCUUUCUCCAAUAUGGUGUCUAUACGCCUUGCCAAUUGUAAAUAUUGCUCAUCCUUGCCUUCACUUGGGCACCUACCUGUCCUCAAGAAACUCUAUAUUCAAGGUUUUCAUUUUGUAUUGCGUGUGGAUCGUGAGUUCUAUGGAGAUGGUUCUUCUACAAUUAAGCCUUUUAAAUCCCUUGAAGUAUUAAGCUUUGAAGACAUGCCAGAGUGGCAGGAAUGGUUUUUAUUUGAAGGUGAACAUGAAGAUGGGGUUGAAGUUUUCUCUACUCUCAAAGAGCUUUGCAUAAUUAAAUGUCCCAAGCUAAGCGGUGGUCUACCCAGUCAGCUUUCCUCUUUAAUCAAACUUCAAAUUGUAGAAUGUCAGCAACUUGUUGCUUCAGUUCCUAGAGCUCCAACUCUCAAUAGUUUGAAAUUAAGUGAUUGUGAUAAGGUAGUGUUGAAGGAAUUACCACCCAAGUUGGAUGACCUCUUUAUUAGAGGAGGUCGCAUCUUCUUGCAGUCGUUUGCGGAGCUUAUGACGUGUCUCCCUGUCCCAGGAAGUGGCAUACCCACUACAUUAAAAUCACUUGAAAUCGAAGGACCAUUUCAGACCACAACGGGCCAUUACUAUCCUUCUCUUGAAAGUUUGAAUAUAUGGGAUGACUCUGACUCACUCUGGUCUUUUCCCUUAGAGUCGUACCCAAAACUCAAAUCUCUCACGGUAUGGGAAAGUAAAAAUCUUGAAUCUCUUUUCGUAUCAGAGGAAUCUUACCGUGAUCUUAGUUCUCUCACUCGUUUGGGUAUUUACUCGUCCCCUAAUUUUGUAUCAUUUUUUAGUGGAGGUAUCUGCGCCCCUAAUUUGACAUCGAUUUCGAUCUACAAUUGCAACAAGUUAAAGUCAUUGCCUGAAAAUAUGCGCACUCUACUCCCAUCCCUUGAGGGUUUGGCAGUCGGUGAGUGUCCAGAACUGGAAUCAUUUCCUGAGGGAGGUUUGCCCUUAAAUUUAGUAACACUUGGCGUCUCUUACUGCGACAAACUAUUUUCUCGGGGAUUGCAAGAUCUACACUCCCUCAGACAGAUCUGGAUCAAAGGCGAUAAUUGCAAAGAAAUGGAGUCCUUUCCGGAGGAAGCGUUGCUGCCUCCCACUCUCACAAAUAUCUAUAUUUUUUCUUUUCCAAAGCUGAAAUCACUCAAGGGUUUUCAACAUCUCACCUCUCUUAAAGAGUUGUGUAUUUCUGACUGCGAUAACCUCCAGUACUUACCAGAAGAGGGCUUUCCCUGGAGUACUCUUUCUUCUCUAAUUAUUGACAGCUGCCCUCUUCUAAAACAACGGUGUGAGAGAGAGAAAGGGGAAGAAUGGCCAAAAAUUGCGCACAUCCCCAACAUAGUGAUUGACAACGAAUUGAUCGAAUGAGCUAUGAUCAGUGUCACUAACAAAUCCUCCAUGCUCCAAGCAUCACUUUUGUGCUACCUGGCUGCCGAUCCUUUUGCGUUGUACAAACUACUAAGUUCUUAAUCUGUUUUCAAGUCACCUGUAGAAAGCUCAUCCUUCUUUCUUUCUUUCUUCAUCAACAUCCAAACAUUUCCUUACUCUUAUUCUUUCUGGAGCUGCACUUGCUUCAUUUUCCGUUCACUGCAUUUCACCUUUGGACAUUUGAAGUGUGAAACACAGACUUUGAAGGAGUAAUUAUCCUAGAUGAAUAAACCUUAACUGAGCAACUUAGGAAGGGGCAUUAAUAUUGUUCGGGCACUUGAGAAGGGCUUUAGUUUCUCAUA